AUGGAGGCCGUGUACCUGGUGUUGAACGGGUUCGGCCUGGCCUUGGAUGUGCUGAGCUUCGUACUGGACCUCACCUUCCUCCUCAUGUUCUCCUUGCUGGCCACCCUGACCUGGAUGGUGACUUUCAUCUACAACCUGCCGCACACGGUGCUGGCCGGCCUCCUGCACCUGGGCUGGGGGACGCUGCUGUCCUUCGUGGCUGCCACGGAAGGCCUGCUCCGCCUGCUCCUGGGGGUCCUGCAGGCGGUGGGCGCCCUGCUGCGGAGCUGUUGUUCAGGCCUGGAGAGCCUGAAGGUGGUGGGCUACCUGGCCUUACAGGUGGCCACGAGGGGCAGAGAGCUGGUCCAUCGUGGGGUCCUGAGCACGGUCUCCUACAGCCAUGCCCUGCUGUGCCAGGCCUGUGACAUCUGCACCAUUGCCAUGAGCUUGGCGGCUUAUGUGGUCAACAGUCUGGUCAACAUCUGCCUCAUUGGAACUCAGAACCUCUUUGCCCUUGCACUGGCCCUCUGGGACUCUGUGACAGGGCCGCUGUGGAGAGUGACUGAUGUAUUAGGAGCCUUCUUUGCCCAUGUUUCCAGCAGUGCUGUUGCCAUGGCAAUUCUCCUCUGGACUCCUUGCCAGUUGGUACUGGAGUUAGUCGCCUCUACCACCCGUCUUCUGGCCAGUUUUUUGCUAGCUAAUCUCUUUGGCUUGGUGUUGCUGGUGGUAGUGUUGGCAGUGACCAUAACCAUUCUGCAUCCAGAUUUUGCCAUGCGGCUGGCAGUCCGGGUAACUGAGCAGUUUCAUGCCCUGCCUUCUUUACACCGGCUCCGUGGAGAUGUGGUACGACUCUGCCGAUUGGCACUGGGUUCAGAGUCUUGGCGCAGGGUACGGAGCCGGAGCCUGCAGCUGGCAAGCUGGCCCAUUGGUGGGGGUGGUGGAAGAGCAGGAGAAGGGGGGGUCCCUGGGGCCCCCCAGGGUGAGCCAAGGAGGGGGCCACCUGCCAGAAUCCGGGGACAUGAGCAGCCUCCUGACCCAGUGCCCAGGCUUCCCUUUCAACCAGAGGAAGGGACAGGGGCAGCUCGGGUGGCACCUGUCAGGGGCCGGGAAAGACUCAAUGAGGAGGAGCCACUGCCUGGACAUGACCCAUGGCAGCUGCUGAAGGAACAAGAGGAAAGAAAGAAAUGCGUCAUCUGUCAGCACCAAAGAAAAACUGUGCUUUUGCUACCGUGUCGGCAUCUCUGCCUAUGCCAAGCCUGCACCAAAAUUCUGCUGCGUCUACCAGUCUAUCAGCAAAAUUGCCCAUUGUGUCAUCAGGAUAUCCUGCAGACCCUCAACGUCUACCUCUGA